AAACUAAACCCGCCAUUUGUAAUCACGUGACUUGUGAAAAAGGGUGGCCAACCUACUCUUUCAAAUUUAUGCAAACCCGACCUGAAUAAAUUAUCGGCUAAUAAAUUACGUCAUUAUUGAUCGCGGAAAAUUGAAAAUUACGUAUUUUGUGCCGAUUAAUUCGUCAAAAUGAACACUUUUUAUCCCAAAUUGAGUCACGUGAUUAAGGGUGACCAACCCUGUCAAGAUAAAGCUAAUGACAGCUUUCACAAUUAACCUAAAAUAUUUUUUAUGAAUUACAAAAAGUGGUUAUAAAUAAUCUCCAAAAUAUUUGCGUCAAAGGUGUCUCCAAUUAUAGGUGGGAUGUUAUCUUGAGUGAAAGCAUGUCCUGCACUAAAGAGGAGAUCGUCAAGUGCUGUGCCAGCGACGCCCGCGACGCCAAAUACGCCCUGAACAACAAUGACUUCGCCAAACACCGCUUCCCGAAAAAACAGGCCGUCGACGUCCGAUUCGAAAACAUCACAUAUACCACAUGGAGUUGGUCCAUGACCCGCUUUCAAAAAGAAACGAAACGCAUCCUUCAUGGCGUUUCCGGCCUUUUCAAAGCCGGAGAGAUCUCGGUGAUUAUGGGACCAUCGGGCGCUGGCAAAACGACUCUACUUAAUAUCUUAGCCGGAUUCACGACGCGUGGCAGCGCCGGAGUCGUGAAACUGAACGAUACGAUCCGUGACAAGAGCCCGCGUUUCCGGAAGUUGUCCGCGUACAUCCCCCAGGACGAGGAACUUCGCAUGGCUUUGACAGUCAAGGAGGCAAUGACCUUCGCCGCAAAUCUGAAACUAGGAUAUUCCGUUUCGAAUGAUUACAAAAAACAGCAGGUGUUGGAGCUUUUGGAAAUGCUGGGUUUGGAGAACAGCCACCACACGCUGACUUCGCGCCUCUCCGGGGGCCAGCGGAAACGCUUAGCGGUGGCUUUGGAGCUGUUGAGCAAUCCACCGAUUUUGUAUCUCGAUGAACCGACGACCGGUUUGGAUAGCUCGUCGUGCACGCAAUGUGUUUCACUUUUGAAACGGCUGGCGCAGGAAGGAAGGACCAUCAUUUGCACCAUCCACCAGCCGUCGGCGCUGCUUUUCGAAAUGUUCGACAAGCUGUACGCCCUGUCGGCGGGGCGGUGCAUCUACGACGGCAACACGAAGGACCUGGUGCCCCAUUUGUCCAGUCUGGGGCUCCAGUGCCCCCCGUACCACAACCCGGCCGAUUUCAUGAUGGAAGUCGCCAUUGGAGAAUACGGAACUGACAUGAACGUCUUAGCCGAGGCGGCGAAAGUUAAACAGUUCGAUAAGAUCGGCGAAAGUACCAAAGAAAAAGAAUCCAUGUCGUGCAGCCUAUUUGACGAAAUCAAGCCGGAAGAGAAGGCUCACGACAAGUCGCCACUACCGGCCGCUGUAGUAAUGCAGUUCUUAUUAUUAUACAAACGGAAUUUGUUGACGACGAAACGGGGUUAUAUUUACUUCAUUAAUCGGUUAUUGGCCCACGUGGCCAUUGGGUUAAUUUUCGGCUAUCUCUACAAGGACGUUGGUUUUGGGGCCAACACAAUUCUAGCCAACUACGUUUAUCUCUACGGAUCGUUACUUCUGAUUGUGUACACCGGAAAAAUGUCAGUCACAAUAUCAUUCCCCCUUGAAAUGAAAAUCUUGACGCGGGAGCACUUCAAUCGGUGGUACAAACUGACCCCCUACUUACUCUCUGUGAUAUUAAUCGAAAUCCCGUUUCAAGUGAUUUGCACUUGGACGUACAUCGCGAUCAGUUACUGGCUGACGGCACAACCCGUAGAUUUCCGUUUGUAUUUAUUCAUCCUGUUUUGCACCCUUUCCACGCUCUGCGCCCAGUCCUGGGGCUACUUCAUCGGGGCCACGACCCCCAUCAAAGUUGCAGUAUUUCUCGGCCCAGUGAUCGCCUGUCUUUUCUCCGUGUUCGGCUUCUGUAUUCGAUUUUUCGACACUCCGUACUUUUUCCGGUGGUUGUUCCACGUGAGCUACUACAGGGCGGGCUUUCAAGGGAUUGUUUACUCGAUCUAUGGCCUGAAUCGGCCCGAAUUGUACUGUCCCGAGGAGGCGAUUUACUGUCACUAUUCCGACCCCACAAACUUUUUGAAAGAGAUGGAUAUUGUCGAUGUGGACCUGGUGUCCAACAUUUCUGUGAUUGUCGUGAUCUGGUGCUUGAUGAAUGCGGCGACGUACCUCACCUUGUGGAUUAAGCUGAAUAAGCGCUAACUAAUGAAAUUUUUAUUUAUUUGAAGACCAAAGACUUGUAACGUGGAGUAAAUGUGUUCGCCACCGACGUUGGUAUUAAUUAAUUUCAAGUGUAUUAUUUUACGUUUAGAACGUGGUUUUAGUUAUUUAACUCGUUUCUGGGUUAAAAUAAGUUUCUCAACUAGUCACUUUAGAUUGUAGAUUGGUGGAAUAUUUAAAAGGAAACUUGCCAUUAGGCUUAUUUUUAUAAUGUAGAGUCGAUGUGAUAGCUUUUUGUAUUUUAAUCAAAUAAAUGACAUUUUUUCCAA